GGCAAAUCCGCAGCCGCCUCUCUGAUAUCUAGUCAGCUGAGCGCGAAGGAUAGCAUCGAUAGGGUCAGCGAGUUUGUCGAUAAUAUCAGCGGCUGUUUAAAUUUGGACCAAUCAGAAAGCUUCAGAAUGCUUCAGAAAUUUCAGAGCACAAAGCCUGUACGCACCGAGCUGGCGGAUCUAGUGUUCACCAAUCAUGAGCUUGUUGAGAUCAUCGCAUUCUAUCGCACCGAGAGACGUGAUCUGCUCAAGUGUGCCAUUACAGUCUUGUGCGCCGGUGCCGAGACUGAUCACCCCUGCCGCCCCGUAUUCGAG